GCUCGUCGCGUAAAUAGCAAUACACCGCUCCUCCCACUACACCAAAUCCAAGUCAUUUCUAUUUUCUAACCAUGUCUGUAAAUAGUCUGUACUAGUUCUAGUCUAGUGUAAGUUAGGCGCUCCACUGGACCAACAGCGUCUCUCCUCGAGGCCGAUGUCUGUCCUCGUGCAAGGAGAAAACUGGGUUCUCUUCGCGAGUCUCGCUGAGCUUCUCGCGUCGUUUCACUCUAAUUCUUCCGCUCGGACGGACCAGACACCCGGGACGAUCAGGCCAUGCGGCAGUGUUACAUACCCACUGAUAGCAUUGACCGUCGCUUGUGAUGUUUCGAUGACUGAUGAGAGAUUGAGAUGGGAUAUGACAUCCCGUCCAAGAGAAGUUUAAGCGAGGACCGGUGCUAUAACCUGUCCUGGUGCUAAUCCGACUCUGGGCAAAUCAAAGGUACCGUAUUUCAUACCCGCAUUUAUAUACCCUCCCUCUCCAUGCUCUCUAUCUCGCCAAAUUAAAAACUCCCAUCCCCCGCACCUCUGCUCGCUCC